CGCGGACGCUCGGCGGAGCAGCAGGAAGGAGCCGCCGCCGCCGCCGCCGCUCCCCCCGGGCUCCCCCCGCCGCCGCCGCCGCCCCGCCGGCCCCCCCUGCCCGCGCCCCGCCGCCCCCGCCAUGCCCGGGGCCGCGGCACGGCCGCUCUGAGCCGCCGCCGCCGCCGCCGCGCCCCGGCCCGGCCCGGCCCGGCCGCCUUCUCCUCGCAGCUCUGCGGCCGGUAAUUGCACUUAAGAAUGAACAUUGAAGACAAGCUGGGAGGAUUAUUUCUUAAAUGUGGUGGCAUAGACCAGAUGCAGUCAUCCAGGGCUAUGGUAGGGAUGGGUGCAGUAUCUGACCAGUCUGGAGUAUCGAGAGAACGGCAAGAGGCAGUGCUUCAAGAUCGGACUAUGCCGCACCAAGAAAUUCUUGCAACAGAUGAAGUGUUACAGGAAAGUGAACUUCGACAGCAAGAGAUGAUUUCACAUGAUGAACUCAUGGUCCAUGAGGAGACGGUAAAAAAUGAUGAUGAAAUGGAUGCUCAAGAUAGACUUCCUCAAGGGCUGCAGUAUGCUGUUAAUGUCCCUAUCAGUGUAAAGCAAGAAAUUACCUUUACUGAUGCAUCUGAACAACAGAAACGAGACAAAAAACAAAUACGAGAGCCAGUAGAUUUGCAGAAAAAGAAGAAAAGAAAACAGCGUUCACCAGCAAAAAUCCUUACAAUAAAUGAGGAUGGAUCACUUGGUCUGAAAACCCACAAAUCUCAUGUUUGUGAGCAUUGCAAUGCUGCCUUUAGAACCAACUACCAUUUACAGAGACAUGUCUUCAUUCAUACAGGUGAAAAACCAUUUCAGUGCAGUCAGUGCGACAUGCGUUUCAUACAGAAGUACCUGCUACAGAGGCAUGAGAAGAUUCAUACUGGUGAAAAGCCAUUUCGUUGUGAUGAAUGUGGUAUGAGGUUUAUUCAGAAGUAUCACAUGGAAAGGCACAAAAGAACUCACAGUGGAGAGAAGCCUUACCAGUGUGAAUAUUGUUUGCAGUAUUUCUCCAGGACCGAUCGUGUGCUGAAACACAAACGUAUGUGCCAUGAGAACCGCGAGAAGAAACCCAACAGAAGUGCCACCAAAGUUGGCUUUUUGCCAUCGGAGGAAGAUUCUGGUUUCUCGACGCCUCUGAAAGACAGCUCCUUGCCAAAGAAGAAAAGGCAGAAAACAGAGAAAACAAAAUCUGGGGAUAAGGAAAGUACAGAUAAAUCAGAACACAAGAAGGACAAAAAUGACUAUUUGCCUUUGUACUCUUCUAGUACGAAAGUAAAAGAUGAGUAUAUGGUAGCGGAAUAUGCUGUGGAGAUGCCGCAUUCUUCGGUCGGCGGAUCACACUUAGAGGAAGCAAAUUCUGGAGAAAUACACCCACCGAAGCUCGUUCUCAAGAAGGUCAACAAGAGGAGUCUAAAGCAGCCACUUGAGCAAAGUCAAACCAUUUCACCUUUAUCUACAUAUGAAGACAGCAAGGUUUCAAAGUAUGCCUUCGAUCUUGUGGAUAAGCAAAGUUUACUGGACUCUGAAGGUAAUGCUGACAUUGAUCAGGUCGACACAUUACAGGAAGGGCCCAGUAAACCAGUACACAGCAGCACUAACUAUGAUGAUGCAAUGCAGUUUUUAAAGAAAAAGAGGUAUCUGCAAGCAGCUAGUAACAACAGUCGAGAAUAUGCCUUGAAUGUAAGUACCAUAGCAUCUCAACCUUCAGUAACGCAGGCAGCUGUGGCCAGUGUCAUUGAUGAAACUGCUACAGCCUCAAUACUAGACACACAGGCACUGAAUGUUGAAAUUAAAGGUAACCAUGACAAAAAUGUCAUUCCAGAUGAGGUACUGCAAACUCUGUUAGAUCAUUAUUCACACAAGGCUAAUGGACAGCAUGAGAUCUCUUUCAGUGUGGCUGACACGGAAGUGACCUCCAGUAUAUCCAUCAAUUCCGCUGAAGUAUCUGAGGUGACCCAGUCUGAGACAGUUGGAACAAGCUCUCAAGCUUCCUCAUCAGAUAAAGCUAGUAUGUUACAAGAAUAUUCGAAGUUUUUACAACAAGCUUUGGACAGAACUAGCCAAAAUGAUGCCUAUUUGAACAACUCGAGCCUUAAUUUUGUGACUGAUAACCAGACUCUUACAACCCAGCCAGCAUUUCCUUCCAUGGAGAAGGUCUACACAUCUAUACCCGUCAAUAGCUUUCGGUCGGGCAUGAACUCUCCAUUAAGAACAACUCCAGACAAGUCUCACUUUGGACUAAUGGUUGGUGAUUCUCAGCACCCUUUUCCCUUUUCAGGUGAUGAGGCAAAUCAUUCUUCUUCCUCCUCUACACAGGACUUCUUGGAUCAAGUAACUUCUCAGAAGAAAGCAGAGGCACAGUCUGUUCAUCAAGCAUAUCAAAUUAGCUCCUUUGAGCAGCCCUUUAGAGCUCAGUACCAUGGGGCAAGAGCUGGAAUUUCCUCUCAGUUUAGCACUGCCAAUGGACAGGUGAACCUUCGGGGACCAGGGACAAGUGCUGACUUCCCAGAAUUUCCCUUGGUGAAUGUAAAUGAUAGCAGAGCUGGGAUGACUUCUUCACCUGAUGCCACAACAGGCCAGACUUUUGGCUAAGAAAUCUUUGUAAAUAAUACUGGCACUUUAGAACACAUUUGUCAAAAGGGGGUUGCUCUGUAUAAGAUGGAGUUCUGUACAGCUUUUAAGAGCGCUAUGUUAAAACAAAAGUAAGCUGAUAUUAGCAAGACCAAUAACUGCUUCUUUUUUUUUUUCUUUUUUUUUUUUUUUUUUAAUUUUUUGUUAGCCAUCAGUCAUUGAACUGCCUGAUGUUGGUGCCCCUAUCAAAGGCAGUUUAUUAUUCACUUGUUUGAAUCCAGAAAAUAUUUUACCUUCUAUGAAAUGUUAAAAUAAACAAAAUCCCCAGGUAAGACUUUCCCCCAUGAUUGUUUCCUUGCUGGUUUUCUUGUAUGCUUUGGGAGGACAGUUUAUUGUCUGAUACUACUCACAUUGUCAUUUCUAAGCUUGUCAGCAUAGUCAUUGCCCUUCAGCAGGGAAUCAAUGUGUACUAAACACACAGAAUAAACAAGUAAGUUUCAGAAGUCAAACAAAUAUGGCUUUAAAAGAAAGCAUUUUCUAGAAAAAUCUUCAGUCUCUCCCAAAAUAAUUUUAGACCAUGUGCCCUUUAUUUCUGCUUUGCAUUACCUUGAGUUGUGUUUGGAGGGAAAGAAAGUGAAUUCUGAUAGACUAACUCUACUAUUUAAAAGUCUAAUUAAUUUAAAAUACUUUAAACACUUUUUUAAGCAAAAUGCCUAACUGCUAAAGCCUUUACUUCAUUCCCGAAGUAAUGUGUAUUUCUUUGUACAGCUGAAUCUAGAUGUAACUUUUUAAUGACUUUUUCAUAUGCAGAAACCAAGAUUUUGAAGUUUUAGUUAAAAUACUCUGUAGAUGACAUUCCCAAUUGCAAAAUGCUUACACAAACAGUGUAUUCCAAGAUUUAAAAGCCUAAUUGUACUUUACCCUACAUACUCAUAACGAUUAACAUAGAGCACUUAGCCAACUUUAUAGUUUUUGAUUUCUCAAAAAAUAAAACCAUUUUUAGAUGUUUAGGUUUGAUACGGUUGCAUCAUUUUCAUCUCAUACAGCAGCUCCAGUAAUUCUUUUCAACAUACUUGAGAUUGGGUAAUUUUAGCUUCUGUAAAAACUGUUUUAAUUCUCUGUCUAGAAUUUUGACAAUUUCUAUUGUUAAAUUUAUUGAAGUAUCCCUGAAAACUGAAGAAGUGGGCAUUCAAAUUCCCCAUUUUUUAGUGUUUGCUUAGUGAAAGUCACUACAAUUUUACCAGCCUAAACUGGUGAAUGAUGCUAGUGAAAAGGAUUUCUUUUUCCAGCCUAGGAGAGUGAUCAGAAGUUUUCAUUGCAUUUCACAGUAUAAAUAAACUGCAAAGUUUAUCCCUGUACCAUGAAUAUGUUUUUUUGAAUAGUACUUUGUCUUGAAGUAUACAGUAUGGUACGAUAAGUAGUUCUGUGUGCAUUUUUAAGGUGGUAAGAUUUGAAUAGCCUAACUAUUGUGUAGUUUAAGUUAACAAAUUUCAGAUUUUUGAACUGUAUGUUCAUUCUAUUGCACCUUCCCUAAAGGGACACUGUCUGGUAGUUCAAGGCAGUUUAAGCCUCAUGUAGGCUGAUUAACCAGGGAAAAACACACACACAUACACACGCACACACACACACACACACACACAUAGGUAGGUGUGUAUAUGGUGGUUUUUUAAAUAGGAUUUCAUCCAGGUUUUUACACCACUGUUACUAGCUGGUGUCUCUCAGACAAAGCCAUCAGGUAGGAGAAAAGGCUGCAUCUCAAGGGGCUAAAAUAUAUCCUGUCUUUUAAGAAAGGACUUGAGCAGGACCUAGAACAGUUCCCACCUCUUACCAAAGCAGUAGCAAUAUUUUUCUGAAUUUUGAUUACUGGGAAACUGAUCCCACUUUGUCUUUUCCCUUAUGGUAGCACUACUACAGCACUAACUUUGCUUGGUACAGUUGAGGGAGAAAGGGCAUUUAUUAUCCAUAGCCUGCUUCUUCUAUUGGCAAGAAUACGGUUUAUAUAAACAAAUUUCUUAAUACUUUUGUAUAAGAAAGCAGGCUUUUUUGAUUUGUUGACUCUGUGUGUAAAACAGUAAGGCAUUUCAGCGUGCUAUGAAUUGCCAGUAAUUUUGUCUGAAUAUUUGGCCACAACUUGAAAAGAGUGGGCAUCAAGAGAGAAAAGUGAAUUCCUUAUGGAUUAUUAAUGAUACAUGUAAAGAAAUUUCUUUGAAAGAAUAUUUUUAAACUGAUUCGUGGUCUCUCUGUUUUUCUUCCUUUAUGGUCAGUUUGUUUUUUUUACUUUCCAUUCUGUGUUGCACAGAAAUAACAAAAAGGGUCCCUAUAUCCCAGGAAACCACCUCUUGUAAGGCAUACUUUGUUUUCAGUGUUCAUUUCCAUGACAUCCUAGCUUGCAGUGCCUGAAUAAAACUGUGUUGGCACUUUUGUUCCUAUGCCCUGAUGUUGCAAGGAGAUGGCAAUUGUACUAUUUGUUAAAUAUAGCAAGGAACAGAAGAAAAAAAAAGGCUGGGUUAUUACUGUGUUACUGCACUGCUGUGGGCCUAUAGGGAGGUAAGAGGAAUGAAGCCUCCUUCUCCCUAAGGGGUCUGACUCAGCUUUAUUUAAAAAAAGUUGCAUUGACACCCUGGUGUGAGAAUGUGAUUGAGGACUCUGAGAGUGGCUCUCCCAUGCCAUGGUCACACUUGGGAAUCACUCCGGGUGUGUGAGGGAGCAGGCUGCUGUACAGACUCGAGGAACUUGCUCUUCCCUGCAGCCAAAUGGGGAUCACCAGAGGAGCUGCUGUUCCUUACAUCACAGCUCAUUCCCUGGCCUGCUGCUGAGCCAUUCCAGCUGCACUCUGUGCCUUAGGACAGGCUGUGAGGUCCCGUCCAAGCCACAGGGACUGUCCUGUAGGGUUCUUCCACGUGUACGAGCAAAGCAGUGGUGUGAGUAGCUGAUCUGCUGAUGCUUGAAGCUUUCUGCACUGGAGGAGUUAGCCAAAUAUACUGCUGUGAUUUCCUGAGUACAUCCCCUUUCAUCCUGGAAUAAGUGUUUAUGUAGUUCUGGGAGGUUUAGUUCUGUAAAAAGCUCUUGCUUAUUCAAUGAUGGCAUUAUUUAAUAAUGUUUUUCACUGCUCUUUUAAUCUGCUGCAGAUGCACACUUUUCAUGUUGGUCUGGUCAUUUUUGUUAGUUUUCUGUGUAUGUCUGGAAAAAAGCAGCUCUGUUCCUGUGCUGUCAGUAUAAGGCUGGGGUGAGCAUGGAGAUUCCUCUGAGCUAACAGCAGGCAUUCUUACUGAAAGGUCAAGCGAGCACCAGAUAUGUGUGUGUGUGUAAGGUGGGAAUUUUGGGGAUAUCUACUAGUGAUAGCGCAAUGAUAAUUUUGAAAAAAAGAGGAAAUUGAUGACAUUUAUUACCAAACUCUCUCUCUAUAUACAUAUAUAUAUAUACACACAUGCACUUAUGAAUAGGCCAUAUUUUGGUCCUAAAUUACUUGACAGUGUCCCUUUUAGCAUGAAUCUUUUGAUAUGUUUUUCCAUUAAUAUAACAGACAAUGAAGGAAUCAGCUUGUAAUGGUAUACUAAUAGGCAUUUACAUUUUCUUCAUUUGAUUUGAGAAUGAAUUAAUCAUAAAUGACAAGUUUUGGGGAGAAGGAUUAACCAUGUGUAUUACUGUAUGUUGGUUUACAAAUAACAGCAUAAACAAUUUAAAUUGGAUGAUAAAAGAACCAUGUUUAUGAUCUUGUGUCUCCUAGUGUUGUCUUUAGGAAAAUUGUGUUUCAAGAAGAAAAUAGGACAAGAAAGUAUUCAUGUGAAAUAACACUUGUAUUAUUUUUAUAUUGUACUUGUCAGUUUUUUUGGAUGAUGGGAGCUUUUCAUUGUUAAUUGAGAAGUACAGUAAAAUCUUGCUAAUUCGCUGACCUCUAAACAGAGCAUCUGACAGGUUUCUACAUCCCUCAUGGUCCUUUCCCACCUCUCUGCAAUGGUCUAAAAAGUACUGUAGCAAGGUCUCACACAAUAAUACUGUACUACUUCACCCAAGUAUACUACAGCAUCCAUAUUAGUAUACUGGGAGGUAGAAGAAGUAUUGAAAACUAAAUUGCAAUCGUCAAAAUAAAUGAACAAAGUACAUUUUGUGAUGUGACAUCCUUGCUUUUGUUGCCUGCUUCUUCACUAUUUUCAAAAAUUGUAAUUUGUAAAGGGUUUCUAAGGCAUUGCUGCGAAUUAUUGGGGUUCUACUGUAACUUUUGGAGUUUAUUCCAAAGUAUUCAUGUUCUCCUAUGAAAACUUUCCAGCUGGACAGAUACAUUAUAUUCCAUGCUCUAUCAGAAUAUUUUUAUAGUAUUUGUAUCAUAUGUAGUAACAAUUUGAAAUGAACCAGAAUAUUUGGAUGAAUUCACUCUGAAUUUUGCAGCAUUGGAUUACAUUAUGUAUGUAUAUUUGCUAACUAAAUUUUCUUGGCUUUGAGAGCUUUGAUUUUUAUUCUUUGUUUGCUUGUUUUAAUACCAUUACAAAUUGCAGGGAAAAUCCUAAUACUCCUGGGAAUCCUUUUGGAAAUGUUAACAGGUAGAAAUAUGUUUAUGCAGUCGGUACCAGUACACAUGUGAACUUUCAAAUUACAUGGUUGGUACUGAAGCAGAUGAAUAAUGUUGCAGUUUCCUAGAGUUAAAUGUUUUACUAAAAUGAAGCCUUGUAACUUUGAAAGUUCCUUGGACUUAGGGUAAUGCAUGUUUAUGUUAGGCAUGUAAUGCAUUUAGCUGAAACUCACUUGGCAAAGGACAAGUACUAAGAAAGUAUUACUGCUAAUGAAAAGACAUGUCUUUGAUUUGAAAUUUAAACUUCUGUUCAAGUUCAAUUUGCUUCAUGUCAGGGAAAUAAAUUUAUAGUUGCUUUUGCUCUACUCAACAUAUAAAACCUUCUGUUUCCUUUUUAAAAUUACAUCUUUUGGUAGGAGACACAAACUGAGGCAAGCAAACAUUUCUAAGAGUUGUUUCUUGCUUUCCUUGAUCCAAUGGAUGGAAAGGUAAUAUUGUGUAAACAACAUUAUUUUAUUUUUUUAUGCAAUAUCAUGCUGUAAAUAUGAUUUAUCAAAUAAGGAUGUACUUAUGAUUGAAUCUUUGAUUCUGCACAGCUAGAGUUUAUAUAUAAAUAUAAAUGUGUCUUGACAAUCAAGGACUUAUGUCAGUCUUCCUUUAUGACGUUUCUUAUUGUUAUGCAUUCCAUUUGUUUGACUUGAGUAUUUGUAUUGUCUGUAAAGUAUGUAAUGUUUUUAUAGCUUGUUUAAAAACAAACAGAAAAGCCUGUAAAUAUGAACUGAUCACAGUACUGCUCUGUUAGAAGGCAUAUGAUGAUGUACUGUUUGUAAGCAAUAAUACAUGACAGUGCUAACUUGACGAGUAGCAUAAGGAUAAAUUCCAAAAAUACCUUUGGGAGUUAAUAGCCUUGUUUGAGUUAAUGAAUAUUCUUAAUCAUUUUUUUAUAAAUAAAUUGAGAUGUCCUCCUGCUGGAAUAUAUAACAUUGUUUACAGAGCACAAUUUCAGUCACAGAGAGGACAGUCUUUAGAUCUAUGGCUUCGUCCACUUUGAGUGAGAAAUGAAUGGCUUGGCUGCACUUCUGCGAGACGAGGAAGACUGCUAAGGUUGAAUAGCUGUGUCUCUGAAGGAUCAGAGAUGCUAUUCUGCUUCUGUGCUGAUUCCUGCCAGUUCCUCUACAUAAAUUUGGAGUCUUUAAGUCCUGAUAUUGAACUGAUGAGACUUGGGCCACCCAUAGAAAGGAAUAGUUCUCUUCUUAUUUGAUAUGCAGAUAAACAGUGAACUUUUGAGUCACCUCUUCCUUUGAGUUGCAUAUUUUUCAAAUUAUGAGCUAUGAGAUGCUGAGAUGGGUUUAUUCUGAUAAACUAGAUGUCAAACUUAUAGUUUGAAUUGAAUAGGUAUUAGACUUUACAGAGCAGCAUAUCUAUUUGAACAGUCAUUAUUGCUUUAGAACCUCCCCCCUCCCAAUUUAUAAAUGUAUAUGACCUACAUUUUAUAGAAAAAGAAAUGUUUUUAAAUGCUAGUCAUUUAUAUAAUAUGUGCUUUGAAGGAUUUGCUAGUCCACUUCUGUCACUUUUAGUACACUGGUAUCUUUUAUAUGUAAUGUAUGCUUUUUAUUAUUAUAAUUAUUAUUAUAAUUAUUAUUAUUGUAGACAUUUCAGUAGGAGGAAUUUUGCAACAGUAUGAGGGGUUGAAAUUUUCAUUGUCAGAAAUGAAUUAUACUGGACUUUGUCUGUGUAGUCUUGUCUUUCUUUAAAUACUGUCUGGAAGGGAACUUGGUAUUCAAUAAAGCAAGCAACUUCCUUUUAUUUUGAAGGCAUAAUGUAUAGUGCUGAAUUGGAUCUGAAAAUGUAAUUGAUUUGAAGACAGAGAAAUUAGUACAAAAUCUAGUGUACAGAAGAAAUUGUCUUAUGAAAAAACUGAUGAUAUAUAUAGUGAAACACUGUUACAGUGAAUUUCUGAUAUAGUGCUAUUUUCCUGAAAUCCAUAUGCCUUCUUUGUAUUUCAGUUAAUUAAAAAAUGAUAAUUUGUAUAGAUAAAUUUAGAAUAAUAGGUUUAUUUCAAUCAUUAUACAGUAUUUCUUUAUCCUACAACAUCUAUUCCGUCCCUUUAUCAGACAAAAGACCGUGACCUGAAUUCCAUCAGUUGGAGUAUGUAUAUAUAGGUGAGAGAUGGUUUUAUAGGAACCUGGAAAGUAUGAAUUUGCAUAUUCCUUAUGUUUCUGACAGAAAUCAAUAUGUGAGUCUUUCAUUAUUCCUGUGAAAUGAGGAAUUUCCUGAUACCAAGAAGAGAGUGAGAGUGUGUGUGUGUAUGUGCGUGUGUGUGGGUCCAUGGAAGAUGUUAGGGUCUCAAGGCCAAAAUGAUAAAAGUAUAAAAGGAUUUAAUUUAGCUCAACACAUGACUUACAUUUAAUAUGUAAAAGAAACAUUUAAAUUUCAUAACUCAAAAAAAGACAAAAAUAGUUUUGCAGGGAACAAAACUAUUUGGAUAGCAGGCUUGACCAAAUGAAUUUUUUUUUUUUGGUUAAACUUGAUAUAUUUUAAAUGAUCCUAUUUCUGCCUUUAUUUCUACCCUAAAAGCAACUUAAAAUAUUUUGGGAGUUAUUCUUCCUGUUCAUUUGACUGUGAGUGUAAUUUAUAUCAUGGUUUACAAAAUGUGGCAUGAAGGAUUGGAUUGUUUUAUCUGUAUAAUACAAUGAAAGUUUGCUUUUUUUUACGUAAUCAUGGUGAAUGGUAUUGUAUUCUUAGGACUGAUUUAUUCAUUAAGUGACUUAAUGAGUUUCAUCACUUUUGACGUUAUUGUUUUCUUAUGGUUAACUUAGUCUUUUUGGGUUUAUAAUACCCUUCUAUGUAUUGUGAUACUAAGGGAAGUUAUGUUUUUGCUUUAUUUUUAAUUAAACUAAUAGUUUGAUAAUUUAUAUUUGCAAAUGAUGCAUUUUAAAUGUGGUCACUUGCUGUUUGAAAAAUAAAAAUAUAGAAUACUGUUUUAUGAA